AUGCGCCGCAUGGGCAAGGCCAGCCUCAACCGUCUCCAGCGCAGCGGAGGGGGCUCGGGCACCGAGGCUCGGCGGCGCCCUGCGAGGCAGGCCAGCGCGCGCAGGCGGCAGGCCCUGCCCCACCGCCGCCAGCCCGCGACGCGCUCGGCCGCCGAGGCGGCCGCCGCCUGCUGGGAGGUCGCCGCACGGCGAGGGCGCUCCGAGCCCGCGGGGAGGCUUUUCGACCUCGCCCAGCGGGCCCGCCUCGCCGAGGUCGCGGUGCAGGGGCCGCUUGCUGGGGGCCUCGGUGGUGGACGGCGGAGGCCGAAUGGGCGGGCCGUCCCUCCGCCACCCCUCCCGCGGCGGCUGCCGCCUCUCAGGACGAUGAAGGGCAUGCUCCUGGGGAUGCCGCUAACGUUGCCCGUCGUGGCGGCGCUGUCCUGGCGAGUGACCAUCGUCAGGAUGGAGCUUCCCCCGUCUGGGAGCUCAGGGGAGCUUCCGAAGAAGUUCGCGAUGAAGGUGAUGACGGUCGUCCUGAACACCGCGGUGCUGGUGCUGGGUUGGUUCGCGACGCGCCUCUCGUCGCCGCUCGUCACGCUGGAGGGGUUCCUCCCGAUGUUCGUGGUUGUGGAGGCGCUGGAGGUAUGGCUCUUCCCCGUGUCGGUGCGCCCGCGCCUCAGGCUGAGGUCCAUGCUGGAGCCUCCGACGACCACGACGUCCAUGGUGGUGGCGGUCGUCCAGUGCACCGUGGCGCAGGUGCCACGCCUGGCGGCUGCGAACAUCGCGAUGCUGCUUGGCACGUUGAUGGAGUUCUGGGUGUUCUUCUGGCAGGGCCUGGCGUUGCAGAUGCCCCUUCUGGAGGCGUGCGAAGCGGACGAGCAGAUCUCCCUCGACGUCGGCGCCGCCCCCAUCGCCGCGUUGGCAAGCGGCGACGGCCGCCCCGACCCGUCCGACGAGCGGAGGGCCACGGGUGGGCACCGACGGUUUUGGUCAUCCAGCGCCACUUCGUCCAGACGGUGGGCGCGGAGCGGCUGGGGGGCAAGCCGUUCGAGGUAUGCGUCCAGGAGGGCGAGGCGGAGCAGUGGGCGCAGAUCCUGGAUAUCAAGCGCGCACAGGGACGGCCUCGUCAGCAAGCUCAGGCUGAAGGAUGGGCGCAAGUGA